AUGUUCACUUUUGCUGCCUUCUGCUACAUGCUGUCUCUGGUCCUCUGCGUGUCCCUGAUCUUCUUUGCAAUAUGGCACAUAACAGCUUUUGAUGAGCUCCAGACUGACUUCAAAGUGCCGAUUGAUCAGGGCAAUCCACUCCAUGCGAGGGAGAGACUGCGGAAUAUUGAGAGGAUCUGCAACCUGCUGAGGAAGUUGGUUCUACCCGAGUAUUCCAUCCAUGGGCUCUUCUGUAUCAUGUUCCUGUGUGCCCAGGAGUGGCUGACUGUGGGUCUCAACAUCCCCCUGCUCUUCUACAACACCUGGAGCAGGUACUUUCAUUCCCCAACGGACACUAAGGAGCUGCUCUACGACCCGGCGUCUGUGAUGAACGGCGACACACUCAAGUUCUGCCUGAAGGAGGCGUGGUGCAAGCUGUCCUUCUUCGUCCUCUCCUUCUUCUACUAUCUCUACUGUGUGUGGAACCUGGAAAUAUCCCUCUAAUAGGUCUUAUCAAUGGAAACACUUAAAG